CGCAUCUAGAUCCGGCGCGUUCCUUCCCCUCCGCCACUUUCCUCUUCUUUUCUAACAUGGUUCUUCCGUAGCUCCGCGAGUAAUGUUGGGAGAAGGCCGAGGAGGACGCGCUGGACAUGGGGGCUGGCACGACGCGGAGGCCGGUAGCUCCAGCAGCCACACCGUCGAGCUGUGGCGCCGUGAGCAAGCUCGCAACCGCGCUGCCCUCUCCCAUAGUGGCGGGAGUCGCGUGUGGCGCCGCUUCGGUGAGCUGUAUGAUGUGCUCUGGCCAUCGACGAAGGCUCUUCGCGAGACAGAGGUGGUGCAAUUUGCAGCGAAGGAGGCGUUGGAUGCCGGCAAAGAGGGCAUGCUUCAAGGCGGUGCACACGUUGGAUACCGCGCUGUGGUUUUUUUUCCCUUUCUCGCACCCCGAACUGCCCGACCCGCUAAAAAAAUCCCCUCGUCUGAUCCCGUCGCCGCUGCUGCCUUCCCCGCCUCCUGCCGGUGCGCUACCACUCCCGCCUCCUUCCGGCGCGCCGUCAUCCCCGCCUCCUGCCGGUGCGCUACCACUCCCGCCUCCUUCCGGCGCGCCGUCAUCCCCGCCUCCUACCGGCGCGCCGCCGGACCCUCCUUCUUCCCUGGAGCGCCGCCACCCCGCUGCCCUCGCCAUCUUCCCGAGCGCGCCGUUGCCGCCGUCUUCCCCAGAGCGCCACCGCCCCGCCACCCCCGCCCACGGGACCAGUGGUCCCAUCGCCGGUCUCCCCCCACCCAGAUCUGCCGGAGGCGCACCGGAUCCUGCCUCACGGCCGGUUCCCGCGACUCGGCCGCCGCCCCAACCGCUGGAGCAGCCGAACACCUCCACUAGGUGCCCCGGCGGUUCGGACGCCCACCUGGCCCCUCCCUCGAACCCCGCGAGCCUCCGCCCCGACCUACUUCCCGCGCGAGGUCGCCUCCGCCCCCACCAUCUCCACCUCCGCCUCCGCCGAUGCCUCCUUCUCCACCUCCGUUCGCAAGCGAUGGCGGCCGCGGUCUUCACCCCCAGCCACCAUGGCUGCAGAUCCACCCACGGCCGGUCGUCUAAGCUUCAAGCAUGGAUGGAUGGAUUCAGGAAGGUAUCCUUCCUCCCUGGGUGGAGCGAGCUGCAGAUCCCGUCCGGCCCUCCGGAACCGGCCAUCUCCGCCUCCUCCUCGCCGCCGCCGCUGGGGAUCACGUCUUCACCAAACGCGAGCUCCGCCCCAUCCGACCGACCGCAAAGGGAGAUAGGACAUGGCGGAAACAAAACUGCACGGCGAUGUGCAUUUCUGCAACACAUCAGACGGAAGAAAAAGCAACAUGAAGUUCCUGUCUGCAUCAAACUGCUUUCACUUAUGGGACAGACCCAGUGCAUAGAAGCUCCCACACAAGGUAGAUUAUCUUAUAGGACGGGCGAAAUGCAACAGAAGAAGCUCCUCCGCUGCUACUCGCCAAACUCCAAGCAAAAAGGACCUUCCACUUUCCUUGCUAAUGGCGAGCAACUCAAAGAUGUCUAAAAGGUUACGCUUAAUAUUUACCCUCCGUAUCUUAUUUACUUGACCAUUACAUGUAUAGAUGCUUUCAGAGAACAUGUAUAUAUAGCUGCAGAUCCUGCAUUUACUUGACCUCUUUCUCUGUCAGGUAAAUUACCAUGGUACUUAUCUAAUGCGAUUUGUAAAGUUUUACCAAUCUGGAGGAUAUUCAAUACCAAGAUUUAUGAUUUGGCAUAAGUGAGAUGACAUACAAGUGAGUUUAAGUCGUGAGAGUGAAAUAGCAACGGUUUAAUUAUCAUACCGUCGGCAACUGCACCUCAACUGCGGAAAAAGAAAUCUUGAAGAACCAAGACCACCACCAGCUGGAAGAAGUUUCAUGUAGCUAAUGCCAUCAUCUUUAUAAUAGAGCGGCAACAUACUCCGUAAGUUUUCACCCUACUCUAGGAAGCCAUUUCAUCAGUUUUUGGCUUCUGACACACUCGGAGCAACAAAUUUUGUGCUGCUAAUUGUACUGUCCUCUCUGUUCUCUCUCUUUGCACUUACUUGUGAUUUUUGCUUAUGUCCGCGUACAGAUUUCAUCCAGGAAAUUUAGUCCUAGGGACUUUGAUAUACAAUGAUACACCAAAGCAAGCAAAGAAGCCAAAAGAAGUUAAAUGUUUUUACCUGCUGCUGGCAUCCGAUGAGCAGUUGCAGGUGUCAACCAUAGUAUUGUUAUAUGAAGUGAGAGUUGCAUGUGCUUAUCUGAAGCUUAUACUAAUAAUUUGCCUCCCUAAUUGUGGCUGAUCUGGAGCUCAUACCCAUGUUGGGUGAGUAUCUCCCUCUCUGUUUGUUGGGCUGUCGGCAGCUCCUUUUUGCUGCGUCUCUGUAUACUAUAACCACUAUCCCUAAAAUAAGUAAACUAUAACCACACUCUUUGAUCAUAUUAUUUAGAAGAAAAAAGAUUAGAGCUGCAUUUAUUCAUAUUAAUGUAGACUGGGCCUGAUCCAAGAAAUAGAAGACUUAUACAUUGAUUGCAUCCACCGAUAAAAUCCCAAAUGUGUGUGGGCAAGACUAUCUUCGUGUUUUCAUAAUAUAAAAAAUAGUAGUUAAGUGUCAAUCUGUUGCUGGUUCAGAAUUUGAUAAGGUUGAAAACUUUGUAUGAAAAUCUUUGUAAUUCUUUUGAGUUGUGGAAGAGACAGCUGGGAUGACUUUGAUAAUAUGCAUUGGAUGGCGGAGGACGAAAAAUAAAUAAGGUGGGGCAGCUCUGAAGCAUAAAAAAAUUCCAAUGGAAAACGAAAGUAGUUCAUGCACACUAAAAUGCACACAAAUACGUUUUAAAAUCAUGCUAUUGUCCGGUCAUUUUCUCAAAAUGACACUAAAAUUUGAAUAAUAAUUACUUCUCUCCUUUUGUCUUCCAUUUUCUCGUCCAGUACAUUUUCCUCUUUUUAGUUCAUCGGAAAAAUUGACACACAGCAGCCGCUAAAUUUUUUGAGAAGACGAACCAUGGAGAUUGGAGAUGAAGAGCUGAUCGCCGCCCCUGUGUACCUAUUCUGAUUGGAGUUCUUAUUACAGUUACAUGAUCAUGUGACAGCAUGGCAUCGGACAACACGGCCUUCACCUUAAUGCACCCCAAAGGUGGUCAUCGCCGAAGCACGCCAAGGGUGAGCCAUAACCAUACCGUUGACCCACCGGCGUGGUGAGGACAAAUUGCAUAGUAUCAUGUUUUUUCAGUUAAAUCCUGAGAACAGAAAGACGUAUCUAACACAGUAUGUAAAAUUUGUAAGCUCAUAUGAAAAUAGAUGAGAUCAAAUUAGGUAAGCACGUUCUUGCAAGCGAUGUAUUUUCUCACUUACGAGAAUUACCAGUUGCAUAUAUAAUAUACUGUAGUAGCCUAUAUUCAUGCACUCUCAUUUUUGCUGAACAAUUCAUGAUCAAUAUUGGAUUUUUUUAAAGGAAGCCACUUCAACUUAGUUUGAGCUCU